CGCGGGCAUUGACAGCUGUCAAUCAAGCAGGAGCCGCUGUGGUGACGAGCUAGCUGCUAGCCUGAGCAUGUAUUUCACUGAGAAGUAAAACAUGGAGCAGUGUGUUUCAUCUGUGAAACGUCUCACAGAGUACUUACUGCAGAAACAACCAAGCGGUUAUCCUGAGGUGAUAGAGAAACUCUUCUCUGAGGUCUCUGGCUGGGGGGAUUUCCUCAAAAUACCAGAUGCACAGCUUGAGGAGUGUGCUGUCCAGCUGUGGAACUGGGCAGUUACUAAACAUGUGGGCAUGACUAUUAGUAAAAAUCAGCAAGCCAAAGUGUGUCAUGUCGCAUGCAGUCUUCUGUACUGCUCUGAGCCUACGAAUCCAACAGAGGGCGUCAUCCGCAUGCAAAUCUUGAUGGCCAGAAAAACAGGGAGAACCUGGCUGGACUGCAAAAAUCCCCAGAUGGCAGAUAACUUCUUAAGACUUGCUGUGAAGAGCCUGGAAACUUAUUAUAACCAACUAAUGUCCAGAGGUGAUGCCACAGUUGACAUCAAUUCAUGCAAGGAGGAUGUAGAGAAGGAGCUGCUUCAGAUUCUCUCAUACCAGGCAGAAUCGGCCCUGAGUCAAGGGAAUAACCACGAGGCUGUAGUCUAUAUGCAGCGCUGUAAAGAGAUGCUUAUACGACUACCAAAAGAAACUGCAUACAUCUCCCUUAUGUGCUACAACUUUGGACUAGACACUUACAAUAUGCAAAAGUUUGAGGACAGUGCAGUUUGGUUGAGAGAAAGCUAUGACAUUGGGAAAAUGAAUGUGAAAUAUGCCCCUGGAGCUGAAGUCCAGGCCAAGGUUUUGAGGCUCCUUGCCACUGUUUAUUUACAGUGGGACUGUGAGAGGUUUCAAGAGAAGGCUCUUAAUGCUGUCAGCUUAGCUAACCAGGUAUUUGUGAGCGCCCCUGGGCUGUACCUAAAGAUCAGAAUACUCUUGAGGUGUGGAGCUUCAGACAGUCACAUCAGAACAGGACUUAAUGAGGUGAUGGAAGCUAAUGUUUCUCUUGAACUGUGUCUGAGCGUGGUGAAACUCCUCAUGUCUAAGGACAGGGAUGUGCUGGCAUUUGAGUAUUUGAAACGUGUGUGUCAGCACUUUGAGUCGUCCCCUGACCUGGGAACUGCUCUUGUCUUGCAUGUUGAGCUACUGCUGCAGAAAGGCAAGGAGCUUUUGGGGAAACAGAAAAUAGAAGAUAUCAUCACUGACUAUUAUAGAGGAAAACAGCUGACUCCACAGGCCCUCACAUGUCUGCAUGUCAUUCUGUGGGAUAAAGCAUCCAAGCACUUUGAGGACAGGAACUAUUGUGAGGCUCUUCAGUGGUAUAACUACUCCCUGAGUUUCUUUGAGACAGGUCAAAUGGAUCCCAACACAGCCAAACUGCAGAGGAACAGAGCUUCCUGUUUCCUGCAACUGAAACAAAUAGAAAAGGCCAAAGAAACAAUUAAAGAAGCAGAGAGAUGUGAUCCUGACAACAUCUUUACUCACUUCAUUGUUUACAAGAUUGCAGUGCUGGAGAAUAAUGUGGAGAAAGCUGCAGAGGCACUGAAUGCGAUCAGAAUUUUGUCCAUGAGUCCUGUGGCUGGUGAGGACAGACUGCUGUUGUCUGAAAAUGUCACUUCCAGUCUCCUCAGUGUGGCUGCUCGUAUUGCUUUAGAGAAUGAACAGCAGGAAACUGCCAUUAAGGCACUGGAGAGUCUGUGUAAGAACUCCGAAGAUGAAGCUCAGGUUCUGAAUGCUCUCAGAUGUUUGGUUCGACUUGCGCUCUCCACAAUAGAACAAUCGAGUGAUGAGAUGAGGAAUGUGAAUCUGGACAUCCUGCUGCCAUAUCUAAAAAUGGCCCUGCAGAAACUUUCACACCAGUCUCGCCUGACUGUUGAGCAACGCGCAGAAGAAGCCAACUGGUUCAGGAAGAUUGCUUGGAACUCGGCUCUGCAGUGUGAAAGCUGCCUUGACAGAAUGAGGGAUUUCUCUGUGCUCUCUUACCAGCUCUCCCAGCUGUGCCCUGCUGAUUUCACAAUGCUCAUGGGGCAGAAGACAUGUCUGCUAAUGGCUGCUGCUGCCUCUUUGGAGCUCUACAGAAAGUGUGAUCUCUCUGACCAGACUGAGGAGCUUAUUCAGGCUCUGGAGUACAUUCAGAUGUGUCGGGAGGUCUGGACAACCCUGAAAGCCUCAGGAAACUUCCAAACAGUCCCAGUAGACACAAUGCUGCUGCUUUAUGAAUUUGAAGCUUGUGCUAAGCUGAAUGACCCCAAGGUUGAGACGAUACUGGAGUCUGUCUUGGAGCUUGAAAAUGUCGAAACCAAGGUGCUAGAAACCAUUGCAGCUAUAGCCAUGGAGCCCCCAGCUCACUUCCCUCUGCUCUGUAGAAAGGCCUUGAGGGUUGCUCUCUCUCUGUACAAGAAACAACCACAGGCUGACCUGGCCCGCUGCAGCAUGUGCGUUCACAGCCUGAUCAAGCUAUCCCUCCCAAGUGGUGUAUCAGAGAUGGACGCCAGCGUGCUAGAGGAGGUGUGGGACUACUACGAGGAGGCCCUGUCCAUCAUUGCAGCUGCACCGGACGACUUCCCAGAGAUAGAGACAGUGUGGUUGCUGACUCGGGCCUGGAACACAGGGAUACUGCUGUACAGCAUGGCUCAGUACCCCGAGGCUGAGAAGUGGUGUGGCCUCGCCAUGAGCUUCGUCCGCUACCUUGGAUCCCUGCAGGAGAGCUACGAGACACAGAUGUCUGGUCUCUACAGUGAAAUAUUGGACAAGUUGGACAAUGCCAAGAACCACACCAUGGAAGAAUAACUGUACUGGGGAAGGUCAGCUGCUGUCAGCUUGUCAUUAUCUGUCCGUUCUGAGGGUAAACUUUUUGCCCCGGUACCUCAGUUUGUUGCAGCGUAAUGUUAUUAAUGUUGUGGUAAAAUGUUCUUCAGAUAUGCCACUUAUUAGUCUUAAUCCAAUUGUGGGUUGUCCCAGAACGCUAGUGGUUAAGACACAUACCACAUUUGUUCCUUGUUUGAUUUCAGCCUGGGACUUUUUGUUGCACCUCUUCCCCCACGUCUCCUGUCAAUAAAGGCUAAAAUGCCAACAGCUUUCAAAGAGAGAGAGA